GUACUCGAAUGUGUUGAAAUCCCCUGAGGAUGAAGGCGGCGGAUUCUUAUUCGUCACAAAGGACCCUUUCAUCCUAAGACGGUGCAUGCUUUUCCCCAAUUUCAAAAUUCUGAAAAAUUCUACCAUUAUCUGAAUGGGUUCCACAAUUCCGAAUCAGAGGCAUCCCAGAUUCGAAGAGUCAAGCGGGUCAUCCUACUCCUCCACCACCAGUAACAGUAAUACCUCCAAGAAGAAAUGGUGGAAUCUGAUGCCUCUGAUUGUGAGUUUAGUGGUGAUUGCAGAGAUCGCCUUUCUGGGCCGACUGGACGUGGACAAGAACGUUGACUUAGUCAACUCCUGGGCUGACUCCUUUUACCAGUAUACGACGUCGUCGUCUUGGUUGUCUACCUCAUCCACCACCACCACAACGCAUAUUCAUAUGGGCGACGGUGAAGAUGAGGCAGACGCCGGGUUGACCAGUGUGACCGGCCACGAUUUUGAUCGGAAGAGCGGCUCCGAAGUGGAAAAUACCUGUGAGGAGUGGUUGGAGAAAGAGGACUCGGUGGCUUACUCUAGGGAUUUUCAGAAAGAUCCCAUCUUUGUAACUGGUGCUGAACAGGAGUGGAAGUCCUGUUCUGUGGGAUGUAAAUUUGGAUUUGAUAGCAAUAGAAAGCCUGAUGCUGCAUUUGGUUUACCUCAACAAGAUGGUGCCGCGAGCGUGCUUCGAUCAAUGGAGUCAGCUCAAUAUUAUGCAGAGAACAAUGUUGCUAUGGCACGACGGAGGGGAUAUGAUAUUGUUAUGACAACAAGUCUCUCUUCAGAUGUUCCGGUUGGGUAUUUCUCUUGGGCUGAGUAUGAUAUAAUGGCACCUUUGCAACCAAAAACUGAGAGUGCUUUGGCAGCAGCUUUUAUUUCUAAUUGUGGUGCUCGAAACUUCCGACUUCAAGCUCUUGAAGCACUUGAGAGGGCUAACAUCAAAAUUGAUUCUUAUGGAAGUUGUCAUCGAAAUCGUGGUGGAAAUGUGGACAAGGUAAAAACGCUGAUGCGUUACAAGUUCAGCUUGGCUUUUGAGAAUUCAAAUGAGGAGGAUUAUGUUACUGAGAAGUUCUUCCAAUCUCUUGUGGCCGGAACUGUUCCUGUCGUUGUGGGUGCACCAAAUAUCCAAGAUUUUGCCCCUUCUCCUAGUUCUGUGUUACACAUUAAGGAGCUAAAUGAUGUUGAUUCGGUUGCCAAGAAUAUGACAUAUCUUGCUGAAAAUCCUGGUGCAUAUAAUGAAUCAUUAAGGUGGAAGCUUGAGGGCCCAUCAGAUUCUUUCAAGGCCCUUGUUGAUAUGGCUGCAGUUCAUUCUUCUUGUCGUCUAUGCAUUUUCUUGGCAACAAAAGUUCAGGAGAGAGAGGAGAAAAAAGUAGAGUUUCAAAAACGGCCAUGCAAAUGCACCAGAGGCUUAGAAACUGUCUAUCAUGUAUAUGUUCGCGAAAGAGGGAGGUUUGAGAUGGUGUCGAUUUUUCUAAGGUCAUCCAAUUUAACCUUGAAGGCAUUGCAGUCCGCGGUGCUGUCAAAGUUCAAGUCUGCGAAACAUGUGCCAGUUUGGAAACAAGAAAGACCAGAAAAGAUAAGAGGAGAUGAUGGGCUAAAAGUUCACAGAAUAUAUCCUCUUGGCAUGACACAGAGACAGGCAUUAUGGCAAUUCGAGAAUUCUGCUCAACUGUUAAGAUUGUUCCGCACAAUUCACAAAUUAACUUGGAAAGAGGGGAAAAAGGCAUGUUUGACUCUGCAUCUGUGCUGCAAAUUUUUAUUCCCCAGACGUAUCCCCAGACGUAAAGUGGGAAGGGAGAGAGUGGGGAGAAAAAAAGGAUCAAGAAGAAAUCAAUAGCUUAAGAUUUACUUGCCUAGUUGCAUAUCAGCAUAUGUAUUUGAAAGACUUUCGUGACUUUGAUGUACCACUGCAUAUUAGGACAUAUAUAUAUAUAUGUAUGUGAUAUGAAAGAAAUAGCCAGUUGUUGCUUA